UGGUACUCCUGUUAUCAUGGUAAACAAAGAGCUAAGAGCUUCAAGACGACUUCAGCAAUCACAUCGCUGCUCAUUUGGGACUCAUUGAAUCGUGGAAUUGGUCGAGCCUGGACCAAAUCUUCAACCAUGAUCUGAGAAGUUGGGUUCGUCGAGGAGUUGUUUUGCAGACGUGGAUGGCCGCGUGCCUAUAAUGAAAUAUCUGUUCUACCUAUGAUAAUUAUGGCAAGUUCUGCAACAAUGAUGGAUCUCAGUUGUAACCAGUCAACAGAUAGCAGUGUGAACUCAGGAGAAGAGGAUAACUGCAACAUUUCACCUACUGAUCUAGACUUCAAACCAAAGGAUUUGUCAGUUAAGACAAAUAUGAAACGACCGAAGCUAAUCCCUCCUCCAUUAAAUCUGAGAAACAAUGAGCAGUCGGAGCCACUGCCUGUGGGUAUUUCAACAACUCUUAAAGAGUUUGCAAUACUAGCGACGGGUCCUCAAAGUCCUCUAAUGCAGAAGAACCUACCCUUUAGAAAAAGAGCGCACAGUGUUCCUGAUGCUGUAGACAAUGGUCCCUUGUCUGCACCAGCUACAGCUCUUCAAUUCUUCCCUUCACUUUUUAAACAAGAACAUUCGCCAGAAACUUCAAGCCCACCUUUGAACUUAUCUCUUCCUCCAACACCCAAAGCUUUCCCAGAGAGAGAAACAGAAAGUCCACAGGACUCUACAGUUGUCUCGUCAACACUCUCUGAGGUUGCUUCUCCUCUUAUCACGAGUUCAUCACAUCCCACUUCUCCACACUCCAGUGGUUUAAUGGAGCCUCAACAUCUCAGCUCGGCCCAUCAGCAAUUUGCUCGCCAUCAUAUUUCUCCAUGGAGCCCUUUUUUACCUUCUCCUUCAAUGAUGUCACCACACUGGUUUAAUGGGUCUCCUUCUGCUCUUCUAAGUCCUGCCCCGUCAUCUUUGGGUAGUAGUCAAGAAGACCUACGGCAUGCUCACUCACUGCCUCUUUCAUCUGUGUCCAGCUUAAUGUAUGAAAGUGACCCUUGGCGACUUCCAUGGCCAUAUCCAGUGUGGCAUUGUUUUCAAAUGGGUACUCUACUCAAAUUUUCAAUCAAUAGCUCAGAAAUUACCUUGCGAGCUGAAGAAGUACAUCAGUGUAGUGAACUUCAGUUUUUAACACCAGAAAGGCUUGGACAACUUCGGGUUCAACGAAUCAAUCCUUUAGAAACGCCCAUUAGUGUUGUUGAAAUAACAUUUUCUUCAGGAAGCCCAUCUGUAGCUGGAGACUUUAAGCUUGUUGCUACUUGUUAUUCCUACCACACUUUUUUGGUUGUAGAAAGAGGCUGGUGUGCAGUAAGCCCUGAUAUAGUUCUUCGUCAGUAUGGAAUUCAGUGUCAACAUUUAGAAUGUGGUGACAGCUGCCCAGUGCCGCCAAAGAUGCCAUCAGUUUCUUCUCCCGGUAUUUGUGAAAAGUUUAAGAGAUUCAGCUUUUCACCUGAAGAAUUGGGUACUUCUCUUCCUACUCCAAGUUCUCUAGUACUCUCUCCACCAAACACACCAACCAUGAAAACUCAACACCCUCAUCAGCUUUCACAGCAACAACCAAAUCAGCAUAUAUCUUCGCAGUCUUCUAAAGGAAAUAAAACCUCCAAACAGAAAGGCUCGCAGCAAACCUCUGAUAAAACUACUGCUAAAGCAGCUAAAGUUCCUUUAGAUCCAGACAGGCCCAAAAGACCUAUGAAUGCGUUCAUGUUGUUUGCGAAACAGCACCGCUUAAAACUCAUACGUAUGCACCCUGGAAAAGACAACAGGUUUGUAAGUGUGAUACUUGGUGAGGCAUGGCGACAGUUGCCAGCUGAUGAGAAAGAAGUAUUCAUAUCGGAGGCUAAAGCACUCUCUCAUGAGCGCAAGAGACUUCACCCUGAGUGCUGGAAACGUAAGCGCACCCAAACCACGGUAGGUGCUUUGAAAAUCGAACAGUCUGAAUGAACCUUUUAAAUCUUUUGUGACAAAUUGGCCUAUGCUAUGGGCUGCAAAUUUUAUGGGGCUCUGAAUUUUAAUACUGUAGAUUUUAUCUAAUUUUACUUCUUUUUUUCUCAUUAAUUCGUACGCAUGAUACCGGUUUCAUGAUCUGCUGCACUUAAAAUUCUUGAUAGGAGUGAGACUGUAUUGUUGCAUUCCUUUGGUCACACAUGAUAGGUAAAAUAACCAAAUUCGUUCUUAAUUUGUGAUAUUUGUUGGCCUAAUGUUUUACUCGAGCAUUUACUGUUGGCCGCAUAUAGCUUAAUACUUCUCAAUUUGAGAGUACAAUUGAAGUGACAUCCACUUUUAAAAUACUUCAGUGUUUUCUACAUGAAAGAGAUGGUACUUCUGGGUGCACUGUUUUUCUAUUGACUGUGUGAAAGUAAUAGUGGCCAACUUUCAAUAGAAUCAGCUGCAACGGCCAUAACCUACUUAUCUUGUCGUUGUUAUGAUUUGGUAGACUCUUGCUAUCUAAUCUACCAGUAUCUAGUGAUAAAUUAUUUUUUUUUAAUCUGAUAUUGUUUAUCAAAUAUAUUUAAUCAUAGACUACAGUUUUUAUUAACUAUAAUUCUUAAAUUAGUUGCUUGAGGUUCGGUCUACCCAUCUUCUGAAAAGUUUACGUAAUUUUAUCAUUGUGGAAGAGAAUACUCAUUUCUGGGGGCGUAUCAGAAAGGUUGGAUUUGUCUUUUAUCCAAACAACUUUUCUGCUGUCCAUUUGUUUAUUCUAUUUGAUGUGACAGCUGUUUGCUAUGAGUUAAUGUUUCGUUUAUUCACUUACACUAUAAGUGAUAUUGUGGGUACAUUGCUUGUUGAUCAUUACUCUUGCUUAUGGUAUCAGUUAAAAGCAUUGACCUUGACCAUACUCUUUUUGCAAAUGAAAUCUCUGGAUGGAUUUGAAGAUUACCUUAUUUUAAAGUAAUUGAUGUUUUAAGAAGUGUUGAUAAUCUGCCUAGAAGGCUGUUACCAAACACAUGACAAGAGAUUAGAAAUUGUAGUGACUCUAAUUUUGUUUCUGAAAUAUGAAGAGGAGUUUUGUGGGCCUCAUUGACUCGCUAUCUUUAGGUGGACAUGCAUGCACACAAGAAGCUUCAGUUAGAUGUGUAUCAGUGAGAUAAAAAUAAUUUCUUUAACUCGUUUUGUUUUUAUUUGUUAUGUACAGUAUGCAUUAAGGGUGGUGCUCAAUUGAGAUCUCACUUAGGUUAUUCAGCUACAGCUGUGAUUUUUUUUUUAAAUGAAUGGGACAUUUUGUUCUGGCUUUUAGUGCUGGGCUUAUUACACACUCCAGCACCUCAACUUAAUCAAAAGUGUGCCAUAUUGGUUGGUUUCUUUAAAGGAUUUCCAAAAAUACAUAUUAGUCCAGAAUACAUAGCUGUUUAAAAGCCAUUGUGACCCGAAUUUCACAUUUCAUUUGUGGUCAAGUCUUGUUCAACAGAUUUUAGCUUGAAGAUAGUUGACUCUAACACUGCCCUGCUGGAGGAUGUUUCAGCUGUUUAAUUUAGUUCUACUUUCAUGAAAUUUGAGCUAAAACCAGUGACUGUAGGUUGUCAUUCCAAUUCUGGCAUUUAUUUUUCAUUGCCACAUUGGUAAGUUAGAAAUAGUUUGGGAACCUUAUCACCUUUAAGGUGCAAAUAUCCUUUGUGACGUUUGUGACCCUCUUUCCCUAGGGUUCCAUGUUGUUCAGUUGUGCCCAGUAUAUUAAUUAAAUUAAUAUAGUGAUUGGUUUCCAGGGUUCUACAUUUUAGUGAAAUGUUAAUAUUUGUCUCUCUGUUCUAUUUUUGUUGCUAUUUUAAAUAUAUCUCUGAUAGAGGAAAGCUGUUCAUGAGUAAUUAAAAAAUGAUCUUAAUGUGAUAUGUAAAGUAUAAAUUCCUUUAUUAUAGUGCUCUACAUAAAAAAAAUAGAGCAACUUGUUAAGAAGAUGUAUAAGGCAUGUUAGUUGUUAAAAGUUUCAACCUUCCAUUGACAAUGGCAGGUUUUGUGUUCCAGCUUUUGCUUGUCAUCAGUUUCUUGUAUUUUCAUACAAGUAACUCUUAUCCUUGUUACUGUAAUUAUUUGAUGUAUUACAAUUUGAAUUGCAUUAUAACUUUAUGGGUAUGUAGGUACAUGUAAUCUGUUUGCAUGUUGUAGGUAUUUCCUCAAGGAGCAUUAAGUCUUCAAGUGAUUGCAUUUAAGUGAAAUGUUUAAGAUAUUGAUGAAGUAUAUAUUGAGUGUUUUGUUUUUGUUUCUUUUAUAGAAUGAGAAUUUAUGUGUGAAAUUUCAUUCAAAAAUCAAGUGUAAAGCUUCUAUUUUAGUAAGAUCUCAAAUGACUGUGGGUAUUUUCAGUCAUCUCUAAUCUGUCCCACAGUAAAUAUUACCGAUCUCAAUAUCUAGUUAAGCCCCUGUUUUCAAAGAUCAUACAAUGAAAUUUGUCUCAAACUAUGAAUACUGCAUUCAGCCUUGGCAUGUGGACAAAAUAUUUGCUCAAUCUUUUCAAAAGAUAAGUGUUCUCCUUGGUUCAUUCACUAUAUUAUCAAGGAUCGAUUUGCUACUAAUCAAAAGUUGUGGACCACAUCACUGAUAUGUUGAUUGAAAUUAUGAGAACUGCCAUUAUUUUUCCUUUCCAAGAGAUUGGAAUAAUUAGAGGGUUUUUGAGUUAGUGGUAUGGAUGAGGUUUUUAAUAAAAUGCCCUGAUCUGUUAAUCUUUAAAUUGUUAUCUACGUCUCCACUUGUAGGUGCUUUACCUACUCAGUUUCUCAAUGGCUGUCACUGCUUACAAUUGUGUUGUCAAAUUCUGAAAGCACUGAUUUGUGGAACAUCUCUGAAGUUCUUGAUCUCAAGUCAACAUUUCAAAUUUGAAAUAGGAACACUCAUCUUAUUUCCUUAUGGCUUUUGUUGCUCUAAAAUCAUUGAGGGUCUAAGUGUUCAUUAUCAUACUCUCAUUGAGUUUUAUUUUUGUAUCUGAUUGCACUGACUUUUUAAGUUCAUCCUUUCAAAGAAAAGACAUAUUUUGUUAUUGUGUAAGGAAGCAGUGUUUUCCCCUUCAUAAAGCUGACAGAGAGGCCAUUUUUAUAAACUCUUAAAGUGCCUUAGCAAUUUGGCUUUACUUAUGUUUCCCUAAGAAAGCAUGCCAAGUGAUAUCCUGUUGAUUUCACUUUUCAUUCCUUGGGCUGUUUAGCCACUUUGAGUGUCUAGUAAUUAUAUUCUAUGUAAGAUAGUGAUAGUGGAAUGAAAUGAAUUGUAGGAAAUGUGAAGAAAUAACCUUCUGCCAUUGUUGAAUUUGAUCUCUCUUGCACAUGAUGCCACCUGUGUCUUUCAUUAAUUUUUACCGAAAAAUAAUAUUUAAUGUUACUGAUUGUUUUUCUUCUCAGCAUACGAGCAGAUUGUAGAUUAUUUCAUAUUUGUAUUUUCUUAUUGAUGGACAUAAGACAUAAAAUUUACAUAAAUGAAUGUUGUCUUCAAA